ACAUCAUACGACUGGUCCCAGGAAUCAUUCACUCCACUAGCUUGGCUUGCCACUGUCAGUGAAACGUGCGUAUACAGAGAAAACCAUUAGUCGCUUUGUCAUUGCUAGUGAGGUAAAAGCUUCAAAUGUUUUACUACAAUUCUGUUUCAGUGCUGUUGAAACUGUAAAUGCUCUUGAAGCUUAAAUACUUUACAGGUCUGAAAGGUCAAUAAAGGAAGCUCACAGUGUAAUAAAUCCAUAUUUCCUUGAAUACCAUAUUUCUGUAGCAGGAGUAUAACCACAUGUGGCCACUGACCUAUUUUCCUCUUCUACUAGGUGACAAACAAAUGCAGCACUAACACUACAUUCUGACAAGCACACAACAGUGAACAAACCUUGUCAUUCAGUUGUGGUUAAAGUUGUUGUGACCACAAAUGUCUCUGUGUAGGCUCUCCAACAUGUAAUCAUUUUAUCUGGGUAUUACUUGAGCAGUGUUGUACAUACAGGUAUAUCUCCUCGGCAUGUCACGCUGGAUUUAAAUAAUAGUUACAUUAGUAGAGCCGAAACAGGGUGGAACAGAGGCAGAAGCUAGUUAGCUUAUGCUGAAACUGUCAAGGACUUGAUGAGGAAGUUAACUUGGCCACAGCUGCGUCACUGCUCAAACUGACAGGAAGAAAGCAUGCACCACAUGGUUCUGCCCUAUGCGUCUGCUUGGUUCUCUUCAGAAUUUGUCUACAUUCGUUUCUGCCGAUUUUUCUUUGUCCAGAGAAAGACUUUGAGGCAAGACCUAUCCUAAAUCUUAUUUAUCCCUAUUUUCCAAGCUGUUUGCCCUCCUUUCCCGUUGGCUGGUUGAGUAGCAGGGCGUGAGACUGGUUGUUGGGGUGUUUGUUGCAUAGAGGCAGAUGGCUCUUGGUGUGUAGUGCAGUGGAAAAGCCACUGUGUGUGGAGGAGAGGAGUGGAAACAAAAGGAAAGAGAGGAUUUGGCAGACAUGGGAUGUUGCAGCGUGACCCCGAUAACCAAAGGAAUCGAUGAUGUGGGUCCAGACGAGAUUGAGCUUCUGGAGAUUAACGGUGCAGGGGUCUGGUCUUUAGGAGAAAGCAAGCUGCAGGUUUCCUUAAAGAAUGAGACAGAUGAACCUCCUAAACGUUCUCCACCUGCUAGGAAUAUUACCAAAGAGGGGACAGAUGAACCUCCUCACCGUUCUCCGCCUGCCAAGAAUCUACGAAAUGCUAUGAAAGAGGGCUCAGAUCCAAUCUCUGCAAAAGAGUCUGCUCAGAAAAGGAACUCACAAGUGGUACUGUGGGGCCAGACUAAAGAUGAGCUACACCAAAAGCUGUACACGCAUCCAAUCCGAGACUGGGAGGGACGAGCGGCACACGCUUAUGGAGACAUCAUUUACUCUUCUCUAGUGUUUUUACAUAAUGGCUACAUGAGGGCUAUGGCUGAAAGAUAUCUGGUUCUUUUUUCUUUUCAUUUAUUAAUCCUCGCCCUGGACAACUCGACUCAUGAUUUCAUCUAUGAGGGCAUACUUCCUCUGUCAGCAAUUGAAGUGAGAGUGAUUUCUCAGCAUGACCCCUGUGCUCCACACAUGUUUGAGAUCAGUGGGCCCAUGGUGGACUCUAAGAUUUUCAUCUGUGCCAGUGCUGCUGAGCAAAGGAUCUGGAUUGAGAACAUAAAGGACAGGAGAUGCAAAUCCCUCAGACAGCAGCUCAGCCCUUCUCACAGUGCUCUCUCUUACCUGUUGCCAUGUGAUGAGGGCUGGAAGAGGGAGGAGCUGAAGCGGUACCUGCUGAGGUCUCCAAUAUUGCAGUGGGAGGGAUCCCCUAUCCAACACAUGGGCCAACCUGCCUACCUCUCAUUGGUACACAUUAGCAAUUCACAGAGACAGGGAUCUCAGGAGCGUCUCAUCGUGCUCUUUCCUCUGGACCUCCUUAUCCUGUCUGUUGACAGUCAGCGGCUCAGGGUCAAAUAUGAGGGUCGUCUGCCAAGGAAGAGUAUCAGAGCUUUGGAGAGAUCUGCCCGGCAUGGGAGACUUGAAUUCGAACUUACAGGAGACUUGAUGGAAUCGCUAUUGGUCUCAUGCACUUACCCAGAAGACUACCAGAGUUGGAUUUUCCAAUUACAACAGCCUGAAAAGACACAAGCAUUUCCUAAUCAUACACCACCACCUCUUAUACCGAAGAAGCGCAGAAGCUGAAGUCAAAAAGCAAAGGCAUGCAACCGUCACUACACCGGUUCCCAGAGGUUAUUCCAGGUCCUGGACUAACAUCUGUCCUGCACAUUUAUUGUUUUCCCUGCCUUAACCCACCUAAUUCAACUAAUCAUCUAAUUAACUGGGACUGUUGAAGCAUGUAAACACUAAAAGGUGCAGGACAAGUGGUGUUCCAGGACCAGGGCUGGGAACCUGUGAUCUGCAAUAGUAAAAAAAAAAAAAAAAAUUCAUUGCAUGAAAUUGCCUUUAAACAGGACUAUGUUCUUUUGAUCUGAUCUACCAUGUACAGUUUCUGUCCAAUGAAAAUAUUCUAGACUUGCAUGCGGCAACUUGUACAGAUAUGCUUUUCAUCUAAAUGUAAUUAAAAUGUGUAGAUUCAAAUAUGAUGCAUCAUUAGACCAGUGAAUUCUUGCAAAAUGCAUGUAUGUGCCUUUACUGAAUGAAGGCACAAACCUGCCUGCUUUCUGAACAACUUUGUUUUCUUCUUAAAACAAAAUCCUUCUCUGAGACAUACUUUAUUUUCAUUAGGUGUGCAUUCCUGAGCUGCUGCAGUAGAUAUCUCUUAUCUUAUUAAGCUCAGCUCUUGUUCUGCAGCCAUCACUACUCUGAUUUAGAACAGUCGCAAACUCAGGAAAACGAAGUCUGAAGAUCUUGGUAUUGCUGUCAC